AGCUGCAUCCUUUCUUUGAACAGGUGGCAACAGAAAGCAACUGCAAGGUAAAGUGCAGAUCCCACUAUCCGUCCAUGAACUUGAACCAGCUUGAGGCACCAGAACACACCCAGUCCCCGUCUCUGGAGAUGCUGUUACGCAAGUUGAGGGCUACAGAAGCCCAGCAGGAUGACAAGUUUGCCAACAUCCUGGAUGUGGUGGGGGAGUUUGGCACAUUCCAGCAGAGACUGGUGGCCCUCACCUUCAUCCCCAACAUCCUGUUGGCCUUCUUCAUGUUUGCAGACAUCUUCAUGUUCACAGCCCAGAAGCCUUAUUGCAAUACCAGCUGGAUACUGGCAGUGGACCCCAACCUGUCAGAGGCUCAGCAGUUGAAUCUGACCCUGCCCCGAGAACCCAAUGGCAGUUUCCAGACAUGCCUCAUGUACUUGCCUGUGGCCUGGGAUCUGGAAUCUAUUAUCCAAUUUGGCCUCAACUACACAGAGUCAUGCCAAGAUGGGUGGAUCUAUCCUGAGACCAAGAAGCGAUCACUGGUCAAUGAGUUUGACUUGGUGUGUGGCAAGGACCGGGACACGGAAGGUGUGCAGACCAUGUUCACGGCCGGCCUCCUAAUAGGGUCUCUCAUCUUUGGGUUCGUAAGUGACAAGCUGGGCCGCUACGCCACCAUCCUGAUAUCGCUGCUGGGGCUGGCCAUCUUCGGCUUCGGGGCAGCCUUCGUCAACAGCUUUCACCAGUACCUGUUCUUCCGCUUCGCCGUGUCCCAGGCCCUGGUGUGCUACGCCAUCAGCAGCGUGUGUUUAGCCACUGAGUGGCUAAUGGGCCAGCACCGAGCCCACGCCAUCAUCCUGGAACACUGCUUUUUCUCUGUGGGAAUCCUGUUCCUGACCGGGCUUGCCUACAGCCUUCCCCACUGGCGGUUGCUCUUUCUGGUGGGUGGGGCACCUGUGUUCCCCCUCAUCUCCUACAUCUGGAUCAUGCCGGAGUCCCCGCGGUGGCUGCUGAUGAAAGGGAAGCUAGAGGAGGCCAAGCAGGUGCUGUGCUUUGCGGCCAGUGUGAACAAGAAGAUCAUUCCCUUAAGUCUGCUGGACAAGCUGCAGCCGCCUGGAAAGAAGGUGACUAAGGCCUCUGUCCUGGACUUCUAUAACAAUAAGCACCUCCGCAAGGUGACCUUGGUGAUGGGUUGUGUGUGGUUUACUGUGGGUUACAGCUAUUUCACGUUGAGCCUCAAGCUGAAGAAUUUGGGCAUGGACCUCCCUUUCACACAAGUGAUUCCUGGCAUCAUGGAGGUGCCCGCCCGGCUCUGCUGCAUCUUUCUCCUUGAGCAGAUGGGGAGGAAGUGGAGCCUGAUUGCGACUCUCUUCCAAGGCUCCCUUAUGUGCUUGCUUGUCCUUAUCCUCCCCUCAGGACGGGAGGGAAGACUCAGGUGGCCAUGUUGUCUGGCCACAGAGCUGAAAUCCAUGAUAAUCGUGAUGGCCGUGCUUGGAGAGUUCAGCCUGGCGGCCUCAGUCUCUGUGUUCUUCAUCUACACCGUGGAGCUCCUGCCCACUGUCCUCAGGGCGACAGGUCUGGGGCUGGUGUCUCUGGCCUGGGCAGGUGGAGCCAUCUCAUCCCUGGCGGUCAGCCACCAGAAACUCACCCUCCUACCCAUAUGUCUCUGCUGCAUCUCAGCCGCCCUGGCCUUGUUCCUCUGCUCCCUGCUACCGGAAACGCAAGAUCAGGCUCUCCCUGAUAACCUGGAGCACUGGUUCCUGCAGACAAGGUAGGCGGGUGA